AUGAAUUUUUCCACAAAUGAUUUUAUUAAAGAUGAAGAACAGCCAGUUCAUAAGAGAGUUUGUCUGAACAGGGAGAAUGAAUGUCUGACAUUUAGAGUAUCAUGUAAGAGUACAGGCAUUAUUGGAAGAUUAUUUGAUCCUCAGAGAUUGUCUCAAUUUAUUGAUUAUUCUCUUUCAAAUGUCUUUGGUUGGAAAGUUGAUCUCAGAAAUCCUCAAAUGGAGAUUUAUGUCCAUGCUAAUGAAGAUUAUUUUACAAUUGGUCUUCCUAUGGUAUCAAGACCUUUGUCUGAGAGAAAAUACUUAAAACACAUUGCUCUGCGGUCGACAGUAUGCUAUGCCAUGUUACUCUGUGCUGGUGACUUGUCCGUCGGGUCCGUACUUUUAGAUCCCAUGUGUGGUGCUGGAACAUUAGUUACUGAAGCUGCGGUGUCUUUCCAGAACAUCAUAGUAAUUGGUGCCGAUAUUGAUACAGUGCAGUUACAUAAAGCAAAGGAAAAUAAGUGUAGUGCAAUUACAGCUUCAAGUGUAAUAGAACUUGUGCAUGCAGAUGUGACAAAUCUUCCACUGAAAAAUGAAUCUGUUACUAGCAUUGUCUGUGAUUGCCAUUUGGCACAUAAAUUGACACUAUUAGUGAGAGGUGGAGUACAAUGGAGAAAUAAGGAGAAUCAUACUGUUAAACUAGGAGGAAUGUUUGCAUCAAUUUGUGUGUUUGAUAAAUUGUCUGUGUGUCUCAUCCUUUCAGCUUUUGAACUUACUGUUAGAAUGGUGAAAGCUGAUGGGAGUAAAGCUUGA